UCGUAAACGAGUGUCAGACCGUAAUGAGUAAAUAGUUUAUUGAUACAUUCUUUGAUUUAACAAUGGCAAAAACAAAGAGUAAAAAGAAAGUACUUUCUGAAAAAGUGCAAAAUAAGAAAAACAGUGCCAAGACUAAUAGAAGCCCGUUUGAAGUACAUAUAAAUAAGGAAAGAUUGAAGGUACUUGGAAGAAAAUCCAAAAAUAAUAUAGGUUUCCCUGGAUUGUCAAGGGCAAAAGCAAUCGAUAAGAGGAAAAAAACUUUACUUGAAGAAUUCAAGAAUCGUGAUAAGUCACAUGUGUUUAAGGAUAGAAGAAUUGGUGAAAAUGAUCCGUCUCUUGGCGAAGAAGAAAAACAUGUUGCUCGAUUUGCUGCUAUACGACAAAACGCAUACAAAAAGAAAUCUAUCUUCAAUUUGAAUGAUGAUGUUGAUGAAUAUGCUUGUCAAGAAGAAAUUUUAACACACAAAGGUAAAACAAUUAGUGAAAUCGAACAAUUUGAAGAUUGUAGGUCGGACGAUGAAAUGGAUGAUGAAGAUAAUGGAAAGCUUUCUAAGGAUUUCGUAGGACAAUUACAUUUUGGAGGUGGAUUCUUGACAAAGAAAGACCAGGAUGGAACAAAAUCUCAUAAAGAUUUCCUGGAAGAAAUCAUUGCAGAAUCAAAGAAAAGGAAGGCUGAAAAAAAACAAACAAAAGAAGAGCUCAACGAUUUGACUGAAAAACUAGAUGCCGAAUGGAAAGAUUUAAUACCAUUACGAAGUAAUAAAAUAAUGAAACGUGCUCCAAAAGAGGCAGAUGAAUUUGAUAAAAUUAUGAAUACAUUGAGAUUUGAAGCACGAGGUAAUCCAUCAGAUCCUCUGAAAAGUGAAGAAGAAACAGCCAAACAAGAAAAGGAAAAACUUGAGAGGCUGGAAACAGAACGGUUGGAAAGAAUGAAGGCUGUAGAUGAUGAUGAUCCUAGUAAAUAUCGAAGUGCAGAUGAUUUGGAGGAUAAUUUGGUGUAUGAAUCUCUUUCUGAAGAAGAAAAUAAUGAAGAAAGUGAGGAGAGACAAGUGGAAAAUGAAGGUGAACAAGAAGAAAAUGAUGAGGAACAAGAAGAAAAUGAAGAAGAGCCAGAAGAAGGUGAAGAUGACGAAGAAUCAGGAGCUGAAACAGAUAGUGAAGAUGAUUUAUCAGACUUGAAAGCUGAAACAAGUGAAAGUGAAGAUGAGCAUGUUAUUAAAAAAAAGAAAGUUCUUGUAAAUGGGAAAAAAUCAAAGGAGUUACCAAGUGAUGAAAAUAAAGAAGAGCGAGGUAAAGAUUUACCAUUCACAUUCUCUUUUCCUGAGGACGAUGAAAAGCUACAAAGUUUAUUGAGUGAACAUUCAGCUGUGAAUCAAGGUAUAAUCGUAGAAAGAAUAAUAAAAUGUUAUCAUAUUAGUCUUUUAGAAGCAAACCGAGUAAAGUUGGGUAUACUUUUUAAGUACAUCUUACAAUACAUAAAUGACAUAGCUUCUGAAGCAACUGAGGAAGAAUCGAUAAGAAAAGCAUUUUCGAUUUUCAAUGAGUUGGCACCACAUUUAUUUGAUUUAGCUCAAAUGAAUCAAAAAAUUUGCCACGAUUCCGUUCAAGAAGUCAUUAGAGAAAAAUUUGAGGAGUAUGUCAAGAAACCAAAAGUUUAUCCUGAUCUGGAAGUGCUAUUUUUCUUGAAAUUGGUUGGUCUUCUCUUUCCAACUUCGGAUUUCAAACAUAGAGUAGUAACACCCUGUUUUGUCUUUAUGGAGAAGAUGUUUAUGAACUGCAGAGUCCAUACAAGGCGGGAUGUAGCUUUUGGGCUGUUUUUAUCAACACUUGUUCUUGAAUAUACUUCAUUAUCCAAAAGAUACAUGCCAGGAUGUUUGACCUUUUUAGGAGGGAUUUUACAUAUGGCUGUGCCCAAAACUACAGUUAGAAUAAUUAAGGUUUCACCACCAUUCAAAUCCUUAUCGGCAGAUUUAGUUUUGCUAGAGAAUAGUUGCUCCUUACAUUUACCUCCCAAAAUGGAAGUUGAUGACUUGGUUGAGGAAGAAAUUACAGAAUCAUUUAAAGUUAGGGCUGUUUACACUACUCUGAAAAUAGCAAUGGAAUUUUUUGAAAAUUUCAAAGAAUAUCCAAGCAAUCUUGAAAUAUUUGAACCAAUAUAUAGUUAUUGUAAGCUCAUCAAGUCAGAAAUGUAUCCUGAAGAAGUUAGAAAUGAAAUCAAAUCUGUUAUUGAUUUGAUUGAAAAUUCUAAAAGUCAAAGAAUACUCAAGUACCUCCAGAUGGAAGCAGCCAAACCUAAAAUUUUAAGAUUAUAUGAACCCAACAUUAUGGACGUAUAUGAUAGAAAAUCACAUCGAAACCAAUCGAAAGAAAAGGCAGAAUAUAAUAAGUUGCUUCAUAAAAUUAAGCGAGAAAAGAAAGGAGCCCUUAGAGAAAUCAGAAGGGAUAAUGCUUUCCUUGGAAGGGUUCAGAUUUCUCAACAGAUCGGAAUGGAUAAAGAAAGAAAAGAAUUGGUUAAGAGGAUAUUUGCUGACGCCAACAUCCAACAAUGUGAACUCAAUGAAAUGGAUAGGAAGAGAAAGAAGAAGUAAAUCGUUAUAUAUUAUUGUAUUUAUCUUAUGUUUAUAUUUUUGAAUAUAGAAAAACAAAUGUAA